CUGGACAUCAUCUAUACGCAAAUUAAUCUUAUUUUAUUGCGAGCAAGAAAAGACUCGUACGAAUGAAUGGAAAGAGCCGAGAGAGAUUUCAAAAUUUCAUGUGCGCCGGUUAGACUUUACUUAUGAUUUUGACUAUGAGAAUACUAUAGAAGAAGUAAUUCAAAGUGAUGCACUUUUAUUUGAGUCAGUUUCAUCAAAUUAUACAGUCCUCAAUAAAUACACGCGGUCCAUGAUGAUAACUUUAAAAUUAGCACUACAAUCAGGAUAUGGAAAUGAGACAUCAGAUUCAACAAUUAACAUGCUAAUGACUGCUUUUAUUCUCUUUGCUGGAUGGAUUUAUUGUACAUACAUUUUAAUUCUCAUAUCUAAUAUUAUAAUAGCAUCGUCUGUGUCUAAAAAUAAAUUUCAAGAAAUUAUCAAUGAAAUUGAAGUAUUUGCGGAAUCAAAAGGACUCUCAACGCAAUUAAAAGAUAAAAUGAGAAUUUAUAUGGAUAGAAAAUUUCAGAAGCGAUAUUUUAAUGAACAGGCAAUAAACAUGUAUGUACAAACAACUGCUUCGUGCCUUCAGAAAGAAAUUAUGAUGCAUUCGUGUUCAGGUCUUGUCUCAAAAGUAUCAUUGUUUAAGGAUCUUCCAAAGUCAUUGCUCGAAAAUAUAAUCAGUUGCGUGACAUUUGAGAUUUAUUUUUCCAAUGAGGUAAUCAUAGAAGCUAAUACAAUUGGUGAUUCCAUGUAUUUCAUUGCGUAUGGAACAGCUGAGGUGAUUUCAAUAACAGGUCAGAGAAUUCAAAUCUUGCAAGAUGGAUCACAUUUUGGCGAAAUAUCACUUCUUAUCAAAGGUCAGAAACGUACAGCAACAAUAAAGACAUUAGAGACGUGCGAAGUUUACAAACUUAGCCAAAAAGAUUUUCGUAAAGUCAUCGAGCCACACCAAGACAUCAUGAAGAUUAUGGAGGAAAUUGCAAAGGAAAGAUUGAGGAGAAUGUAUCAGCAAGAAAGUGGAAGUUUGUAUGAGCGGAAAAAAUCUACUGCUUCCAAAUGAAGUUCCUCAUUUCUCUCAAAUACUUAAAAUAAAACAAAAGUUGAAUACACUCGAAUGCGUGCAUUGAUAAUCUGCUAUAAUUAAUGAAUUGAGAUGAUUUCAACAAUAAAGUGAUGAUUACAAAGCUAUAAA